AUGCCUACCAUGCCGUUUUCUGAUCUCUACAAAUCCCCAAAGUCUCCUCUCGCCAAGCUGCGCCACGCACACCACCUGCCCCCAGAUGAUAUCUCAUCGCAGUCUCCCGAUUACCAUGUCGACCUCGUCAGCAGGGACAAGGCGAGGCAGAAGGAAGCGGUCAAGCGCUAUCUAGCGGACAAGGUCCGGGACGACUGGAACUUCGUAUGGCCCCCGGCUGGCACCAAUGGGCAUGAUGCGACAGCCCAGAAAGCAACUGCGCCGGCCAACAAGGCCGCGGAGCAAGGCUCGUCCAGCUCCGACUCUAUGAAGAUCACACCGGCACCACCGCUGCCCGGGGAGGAGGGGCAGGCUCGAGACCUGGGAGGCGACGCAGACUCCGAGACGGGAUCGGUCUACAGCACCGUCUCGGAGGACCCGCAGCACUACCGCCCGCGCCAGGAGUGGACGUCUGACCUGUCGGACGAUGACGAGCCAGCCGCCACCGGGUCGCCCUUCCGCUUUGACAAUCCCGAAUCUGUCGGCGCUGCGGUACAGACCUCGGCCAUGGCGCGCAAGGCGAGGAGGAGAAGGGAGGAGCGCGCCGAAAUGGCCCAUAAUGAGGGCCUUGCUUGCUUCAGCGCCAGGCGGGAUGCCUGGACCGGUGCCCGGACUGUGCACGUGAAACCCAAGCCAGCUCCUCCACCAUCACCAACUUCGAAGCGUCGCAGCCUCUGGAGAUUCAACUCACAUACGAAGCACGAACAACCUGCGCCGGCGGCACAGGGUUCGACCGGCGCCCAGGCCAGCGCUACAUCUCCCAUUUCGCCCGUCACCUCCAACUCGCGCCACUCGCAGCAGUCCGUCCGCGAUACCACGACCCCCCUCACGUCUGAUGGCGAUGACUCCCGCAAGUCGAAAGAGGGGAAUGCGCCACCUGCCGUAUCCUAUCCCGUCGAGACGCUGCUGCCCAUCCCACCACCCCUGCUGCCUCCCGAGAACCCCAUGAGGGCGUCCAUCUCCCCCAACAUCUACGUGUCGCUCUAUGACAAGGUCAUUGUCCAUUCGCUACAGCCCUCUUGCCCGAUCAACCUCAGCGACAUGCUCAAGUCGUGCGUAGCCGGGUGGAAGCGAGACGGGGAGUGGCCCCGGCGCUCGGUGGAGCUUACUAAUGCCGCCGCCGCUGCUGCUCGGAAGAAGAAGAAGGAGGAACAGAGGGCGGCCGCCAACAAGGAGAGGAGGGGCAGCAACGCAGGAACAGGCGUGACGAGGACGAUCAGCGGUGCGGGAGGAUCUGGGUCGGGCGGUCGUAGGCUGAGUCUGACCGGCCUCCUGGGGCGAGUCAGCGGCGAGAAAGGCGCCGAGGAGAAAGACAAGGACAAGGUGAAGGCGCCGGACAAGAGCGGGGAGGCGGCGCCCGCCGAUCAUGACCCCGGGGCGCCCAGGAACAUUAGGAGGAGCAUCCAGCGCGCCCUGGGCCUGGGACACAAUCACGGCGCCUCGGUUGGUUCCGUCGAGGGCUAG